AUGAAUUCAGUCAGGUCUAUUAACCGGUCUCUAAUAAAGAAAAAGCCACCUCCGGCUUUACCAGAUACUUUGGCCAAUGGCAAACUUGAUCUACCGCCAACUUUCCCUUUGCAUACAAAAGAGCUGCCUCCGAUUUCGGACGCCGACAUAGUGGGGCGACCCCCAUCCAGCCAGAUGGGCAUUAACCCGCAAGUGACGUUCGAUCACGAGUUUUACCGGGAUGGUGUGCCCGAGGACUCGAAGCCAGUCCACACAGUACUAAAAUUCAUAAUUGAGCUUGUUUUGUUCCUCCCCAAGUACAUCGUGUUCAAGCCGUUGCGGUACAUCGUGUUUAUUGCUACGUAUCCCGUCCGGCUCAUCAUAUAUCUCUUGUUUUAUAGAGUCCGCAUCCAGAUAUCGCGCGGGGAGGAUACAGGUGGCAAAGCGGGAGAUUCUACAAAUUCCACCGGGACCAGUACCCCGCACGAAGUUUGCCCCGCGGCAAACGGCCCAGACGGCUCUAAUCUGCAUGCUGGAGAUGACGACAUCAAGUUUGAAGUGGCGGAAAAAGAUGAUGACCGUGUAAAGUCACCACAGGGAAUUGUGCCAAUUCAUAAAAGAACGGAGUCGGCAAACUGCCCGCGCCCGCGUUCGAACCAGGGACCGGCCAGCCCUGGCGGCGCCCGUGGACCAAUCAGAACACCCGUAGCCAGGAACCGCAAAAAGCCCCACAAAAAGACGUUUAUCUUCCCCAGGCUGCUUUUCAACUUCGACAUCAGCCACCCGCCGCGAAUGCUGAAGAAAACACUUGUUCUCGACUUGGAUGAGACCUUGAUACACUCUUUGUCGCGGUACAACUCGUCGAUAUUGACGAAAAACAAGGGAAUCUCCGUCGAAGUCCGCCUCAACAACUCAGGCCUAACCACCCUUUACCACAUAUACAAGCGGCCACACGUCGACGAGUUCCUCUCCAUUGUCCGCAACUGGUACAACUUGGUGUGCUUCACCGCCUCGAUCAAGGAGUAUGCAGACCCAGUCAUCAACUACCUCGAGGAGCAGGUCAAAUUGAGAGAUAAGACAGACACUAUUCCGCAACCAUCGAAUUCUCCGCCGGAGAAAGCCGGCCAAACAGCCGUGUUUUCCCACAGAUUCUACCGGGACUCGUGCAUCUUUGUCGAGGGAAAGGGAUACGUGAAAGAUCUCAGUGUGCUCACUGGGCGACGCGACUCCGACUCCGUGUCAUCACCAACACCCGUGCACCAGAGCAUUAUUGACACCCCUACACCAUCUCCUUCACCGCAUCCCGGCAGAGCUCAUCGCCGGCAUUCGAGCCACUCUGCAAACUCAAGCUCCAGAUACACGGAUCUUUCCAAGAUUGUCAUCGUGGACAAUUCGCCAAUCAGCUAUUCGCACCACAAGGAUAACGGAGUGAUGAUUGAAGGUUGGAUAAACGAUCCAGGAGAUGUUGAGUUGCUGACCUUACUUCCUCUGUUGAAUGGCUUGAGGUUUACGAGUGAUGUGCGGACUAUUCUCAGCCUGAAGAAUGGUCAGUCUGCAUUUAGAUGA